CACUCGGUCCCAGCUGUCCAGAGGACAGGAAAUCCUUACCAGACUCUCCCUCUCCCUUCUCCUGGCCGUCUUCACCUUCUCUUUACACUUUUAUCUUCAUCACUUCAUGGUCUAACAUGGUCGCCAGGCAUCUCUGGCCUCUCUGUGCAGCCUGCUGUGCAAUCUGAUGCUCCUUCACCCAUCGCCUUGUCUCCACAGAGGCAGAUCUCCCAGUCUUGCUGGCCAUGGAUUCCUUUGCAGAGGUCCCCUUGUUUGAGAUGGAUGAGUAUGAGGAAGAAGAUGUUCUCUCGGUGAGGAGCAGAGGUGUCUGUACAUAUGCCACAUACCCCAUGGCGCCCCCUGCAGGAGCAGAUCCUGACACCUACAUUUACAUGAAUUUCAUGAAGAGUCACAGUUGCUAUGAUGCCAUGCCCAGAAGCUCCAAACUGGUCAUCUUUGAUACAACGCUGCAGGUGAAGAAGGCUUUCUUUGCUCUGGUGGCGAACGGCGUGCGGGCGGCACCGCUGUGGGACAGCAAGCUGCAGUGUUUUGUAGGUAUGCUAACCAUUACGGACUUUAUUAACAUCCUUCAUCGUUACUACAAGUCUCCCUUGGUUCAGAUCUACGAACUGGAAGAACACAAAAUAGAGACAUGGAGAGAAAUCUAUCUGCAGUAUUCAGUCAACAGACUCAUCAGCAUCAAACCUGAGUCCAGUUUGUUUGAUGCCAUCUACUCACUGUUAAAGAAUAAGAUCCACCGGCUCCCAGUUAUUGACCCAGCUUCUGGAAAUGUCCUCCACAUCCUGACUCACAAGCGGAUCCUCAAAUUCCUUCACAUCUUUGGAUCCAUGAUUCCUAAACCCAGGUUUCUUCAAAAGCAGAUCAAUGAGGUGCCGAUUGGUACCUUUAGGGAGAUUGCAACAAUCCAGGAAUCUGCUUCUGUCUAUGAAGCUCUGGCUAUUUUUGUGGAAAGAAGAGUGUCAGCCCUGCCUGUGGUUAAUGAGCAAGGUAAAGUUUUGGCACUAUACUCCAGAUUUGAUGUCAUUAACCUUGCCGCUCAAAAAAAUUACAACAAUUUAAACAUGACAAUGAAAGAGGCCCUCACGUCAAGAUCCUGCUGGGUUGAAGGAGUCCUUAAAUGUUAUCCACACGAAACACUGGAGGCCAUCAUCGACCGCAUAGCUAAAGCUGAGGUUCAUCGACUAGUUUUGGUCGACAAAGAAGAUGUGGUGAGAGGGAUUGUCUCUCUGUCUGAUAUUCUGCAAGCCCUGGUUCUCACUCCUGCAGCAGCCUCUCCAGUUUCACAUGAACUGUUGACACCCUUACCUUCAAAGUCCAUCUCUCCUUUUUCGAGCCAGUGUCAUCACUUCCUUCUCCUAAAGUUCCAGCCAGCAUUUCCCAGAUAUUUACCAGUGACCAACCUUUCAAGUUUGAAGAAAACAAGAUGGCGGCUGACGAUGUAAAACAGGACGAUAACAUAGUGAAGAAUAGAGCUUAACAACAGCCAACGGGAGGGAUGUGUAAAGGGAAGACAGACAAAUUGGACUUUGACACAAGGUUGAAGGUUGUCCCUUUCUCAGAUAAAACCUCCUGAUGGGGAACAGAAGAAAAGCAGGAAAAAUGAAACCGAAGACAUGAAAACACAAUUAAACUGCCUUUGAAUUGAGAAACAUUUGCAGCUAAAUGGUGGGUACGACAUUGUGACAGAAAACAAUUAUUUCUUAUUCAAAAAUUGAAUGUUGGAACUGUGAUAAUGCUUACUGAAAUGUACUUACAGUCUUAUCACUGUGUAAAAUAAAUGUAUAACUUGUG